AUGAAUGCUCCCUGGUUUAGGUUUAUAAUGUUAGGCAGAACCUUUUUAGCCUUCCACAUAUGAUCUUGUAAAUAACCUUGUAAAUGAUAUUGCAGCAGGCAAUGGGUCUGAGCUCAUUAGGGCUGGCAGAAUUAUCCUUUUUAGGGAUAACCGUAAUAUUGGUUGUGUUGAUAUGUUUUAUAGUGUCAUCAUUGUGAAAGUUAUUCAGGAUUGCUUCAGUUACUAAUGGUCCCACCUUUGGCCAACAAUUCUUGAAAAAACCACUGCUAUAUCCAUCUGGGCCUGGGCUUUUUUGAUUUGGGAUAUCAAAAAAACAUUUCUUAAUCUCAUUAGUAGUGAUUGGGGAUAUUAAAGAGAGUUGUUGAUUAAUAGAUAUACUCUUACCCAUAGCAACCACCUCUUUGUUGAUGUCCUCAGUCUUUACUCUAGUUCACAGCUGUCUCUGGAAGAAGUCAACGAGUACUUUGGCCACUUCCUCCUUACCCUCCUUCCUUUCACCAGAGGUGUUGCAUAGUGAAGUAAUGUGAUUUUGUAGUCUUCUUUUUCUGAUCCAAGCAUGGAAUAGCUUUGUGUUUUGGUUACCAUAGGUAAUCCAUUCUGCUUUGGAUUGUUGGCUUUUCAGCAGGAAAUUUGCUUUGAUCUUCAGAUGUUGAAACUUCUUUUUAUUCAGUUCUUUCAAGGGCCCCUUAAGAUGUUUGAGCUUUUGGCAGACUUGGUGCAUUGGAUAACCCUUGUGCUCUUGAUCCUAAAUUUCUGACACCAAUUCAGGGAAGAGAGGAUCAAGUGUCCACAUAUCACAGAAUUUAAAGCUAUGUCCUAAUCUAGCCUGAUCUAUCUGUUGUAGAUACAUGGAGGAGUGAUCAGAUACACCACACUCCUUGAAGAUGACUUUGAAAUCGAAGAGAUGAGUUUCGCGAAGCCAGAGUACGAGUUCCUCAAGGAGAUCGGAAUCGGCUCCAGAAAUCUCGGUUGCUACGUCAAUGGGGCGUGGAAAGCUAGCGGCCCUACUGUCUCCUCUGUAAAUCCUGCCAACAACGAGACAAUAGCCGAAGUUGUUGAAGGUUCAAUAGAAGAUUAUGAAGAAGGCAUGAAGGCUUGUAAUUCUGCAGCGAAGCUGUGGAUGCAGGUCCCUGCACCAAAAAGAGGUGAUAUUGUUAGGCAGAUUGGUGAUGCACUCAGAGAAAAGCUUCAGUACUUUGGCCGACUUGUUUCGCUUGAAAUGGGGAAGAUACUACCUGAAGGAAUUGGGGAGGUUCAAGAAAUUAUUGACAUGUGCGACUUUGCUGUUGGAUUGAGCCGACAACUGAAUGGAGCAGUCAUACCAUCAGAACGUCCCAAUCAUGCCAUGUUGGAGAUGUGGAAUCCUCUUGGUAUAGUUGGCGUGAUUACCGCAUUCAACUUUCCAUGUGCAGUUCUUGGUUGGAAUGCAUGCAUUGCCUUAGUAUGCGGCAACUGUGUUGUCUGGAAAGGUGCUCCAACCACACCGUUGGUAACAAUAGCAUUGACAAAAAUUAUCACCGGAGUGUUAGAGAAAAACAAUUUGCCUCGAGCAAUUUUCACUGCUUUUUGUGCGGGUGCAGAAAUUGGUCAAGCCAUAGCAAAAGAUACGCGAAUCCCUCUAGUAUCAUUCACUGGUAGCUCAAAGGUCGGUCUUUCAGUACAGCAAACAGUAAACCAGAGGUUUGGCAAAUGCCUACUUGAACUAAGUGGUAAUAAUGCCAUAAUAGUCAUGGAUGAUGCUGACAUUGAACUUGUGGUUCGCGCUGUUGUGUUUGCUGCGGUCGGAACUGCUGGUCAGCGCUGCACAACUUGCCGUAGACUGCUUCUUCAUGAAAGUAUAUAUCAGAAAGUAGUUGAACGUCUAGUUGAUGCAUACAAGCAAGUCAAGAUAGGGGAUCCUCUAGAAAAGGGCACUUUACUUGGACCACUGCAUACACCUACUUCAAGGGAGAAUUUUGAGAGGGGCCUUGAGAAAAUAAAAUCCGAGGGAGGCAAGAUCCUUACAGGUGGCUCAGUUAUUCCAUCUGCAGGGAACUUUGUGCAGCCAACAAUUGUAGACAUAUCUUCAAGUGCAAACGUAGUGAAGGAAGAGUUGUUUGGACCGGUUCUUUAUGUUAUGAAAUUUAAGACAUUUGAGGAUGCAGUUGAAAUUAACAACUCUGUACCUCAGGGUUUGAGUAGUUCAAUCUUCACCAAAAAACCUGAAUACAUAUUCAAGUGGAUUGGUCCUUUAGGGAGUGAUUGUGGUAUCGUGAAUGCAAACAUACCAACAAAUGGAGCAGAGAUUGGCGGUGCUUUUGGUGGAGAGAAAGCUACUGGAGGUGGUCGUGAAGCUGGAAGCGAUUCAUGGAAGCAAUAUAUGAGACGCUCGACUUGUACAAUCAACUACGGGUCUGAAAUACCAUUGGCACAAGGAAUCAACUUUGGUUAAAACAAAAUAUUCGUGGUUUGUCGAAGCAUUUCUCAGGUUUCUCUCUUCAACACGAACAACCAAACUAUUCCUGGUUUGUAACCAUUCUAAUUUGCAGUCUUUGAAACGAAUCGUUUGAAUGAUCACGUUUUCGUCUUUAUGUGCUAAAUAUAUUAAAUAAACCAGCCUCAAUAGUUCUCUUCAGGUAUGGGUAAGUCUGCGUAUAUUUUCCCUCCCCAGACCCCAUUUCGUCCGACUUGAAUGGGUUUGUUGUUGUAGCCUCAAUUGUUCUCUUAAAAAGGUUCAAAAUAGAUGUCUUUGGGUUUCCAACUUCUUGUUGAAUUACACUGUCUCUUCAUAUUUCUUAUAAACAUCUAUUAAUCAUUUUCGUCUGAUAAACACCUAUAAAUUAU